UACUUUCUUUCUUCUUCUAUUUUGUUUUUGUUUUUUUUAUAAAUAAGUAUCAAAUUCCUUUAUUCUCAAACUCAAAGCUAUUCACAUCCCACUUCGUCUUGUUCCAGUGGUAGUCCCAUUAAAGGAGCUUUCCAUCAACGGUGACCGAUCUACUUCCGGAAAUGGAUACCGCCAAAAAUUACCCAUCCACCGUCUGCCACGUGGUGGCCAUGCCCUAUCCCGGUCGAGGCCACAUCAACGCCAUGAUGAACUCCUGCAAACUCCUAGCUUUGAAAAGGCCUCAACACAUUAUCGUCACCUUCGUAGUCACCGAAGAGUGGCUCGGCUUCAUCGGUUCAGACCCUAAGCCGCCUAACAUACGCUUUGCCACCGUACCCAACGUCAUACCUUCCGAGGUGGGUCGCGCCAAAAACUUUCCGGGCUUCGUCGAAGCCGUAAGCACGGAGAUGGAAGCGCCCUUUGAGGAGCUCCUGGACCGGCUUGAACUGCCGGUGACAGCCAUCGUAGCUGACACUUUUGUGGUUUGGGCUGUCGGAGUUGGGAACCGGAGGAAUAUUCCGGUGGCAUCGCUGUGGUGCAUGCCGGCGACGGUGUUCUCUAUGUUGCACCAUUUUGAGCUCUUCGUGCAGCACGACCAUUUCCCGAUUGAAUUGUCAGAGCACGGAGAUGAGGUUGUGGACUACAUUCCAGGAGUGUCUGCUACACGUAUUGAAGAUCUUCCCACUAUUAUGUAUGGAAAUGGUCAAAAAGUCUUGCACCGAUGCUUGGAAGGUGUUUCGUUGGUGUCCAAGGCACAGUAUCUUCUAUUCACUUCGGUCCGCGAGCUUGAAACGGAAGUCAUUGACAUUUUAAAAGAAGAUCUUCCUUUACCGGUGUACCCUAUUGGCCCUGCCAUACCUUACUUCGAACUUCAAAAGAAUUCGUCUGUAAUAGAUGCUCACAAUGGCGUUAACUAUCUCCAGUGGUUAGAUUGUCAACCUACAGGCUCUGUCUUGUACGUCUCAUUGGGAAGUUUCCUUUCGGUUUCAAGUGCCCAGAUGGAUGAAAUUGCAGGUGGGCUGCAGGAUAGUGAUGUUAGGUACUUGUGGGUAUCACGCGAGGAAACUGAUCGGUUUGGAAAUGGGGGUGGUGGUGAUAUGGGGUUAGUGGUGCCUUGGUGUAACCAGUUGAAGGUGUUGUGCCACCCCUCAAUAGGAGGGUUUUGGACACAUUGUGGAUGGAAUUCCACGCUGGAGGCUGCUUUUGCUGGUGUUCCGAUGCUUACUUUCCCUAUAAUGGGGGAUCAAACCUCUAACAGUAAACGUGUUGUGGAGGAUUGGAAGGUUGGAUGGAGGGUUAAGAAAGAUGUUGGAUUUGAAAUUUUAGUGACGAGGGAAGAAAUCUCAAAGCUUGUAAAAAGGUUCAUGGAUCAAAAAAGCAAUGAGGGGAAUGAAAUGAGGAAAAGAGCGAAAAAACUUCAAGAGGCCUGCCAAGGCGCAAUUACUGAAGGUGGGUCAUCUGAAACAAAUCUUGAUGCUUUUAUUAAGGAUAUUUCGAAAGGCCACGGACAUUAAGCCGAUCGAUGUGUUAUGUGCUUUUCAGUGAUGAUUAAAUUUGUAGCCAAUGACUAAUAAUUUCAAGAUAUUAUCAAGAUAGUU